AUGUCACACUCUUUAUCUCUAGCUUUUGUUUUACUGGGUCUUUACAACCUGUCUUUCUUAGAAGCUGUCAAUGGUGGAUUUAGUGUGGAUAUCAUCCACCGUGAUUCACCAAAAUCACCGCUCUAUAGUUCCAUAGAAACUCAAUUCCAACGGAUUGCCAAUGCCGUACGUCGUUCUAUUAAUCGUGUCAAUCAUUUCAACCAAUCUUUUGUGUCUCCAAACACACCGAAGUCCACUGUAAUACCAGACUUUGGUGAAUACCUAAUGAGGUAUUCAGUUGGAACCCCACCCAUCAACAUCUAUGGAAUUGUUGAUACGGGUAGUGACUUUGUUUGGUUGCAAUGCCAACCUUGUAAAAAAUGUUACAAACAAAGCAAUCCUAUCUUUGAUUCUAAAAAAUCCGUGACAUACAAAACCAUCCCUUGCACUUCUAAUAAAUGUGGUUCUGUGCUAGGUACCUUUUGCUCCUCGGGCAUUGUGAAACAUUGUGAAUAUAACAUAAACUAUGAGGAUGGGACACUCUCACAAGGAGAUCUUGGUGAGGAGACCCUCACUUUAGGUUCCACCAAUGGCUCUCCAAUCCAGUUUCCUGGAACUGUGAUAGGAUGUGGUCGUUACAAUGAAAUUGCCUUUAAAGGGGUAAAUUCCGGCAUAGUUGGUCUAGCACGUGGACCUGUGUCCCUUAUAACUCAAUUAGGUCCUUCAGUGGGUUGGAAGUUUUCCUAUUGUUUGGUCCCAGCAAUUUCAAAAUCCAAUUCAACUAGCAAACUCAAUUUUGGAGAUGCUGCUAUGGUUUAUGGGCCUGGGACUGUCUCAACCCCAUUAUUAUUACAAAAUAGGCAAGCAUUUUAUUACCUAACCUUAGAAGCAUUAAGUGUUGGAAGCAAUAAAAUAGAGUUUGGAAGCUCUAUGUCUAGAUCUGGUGGAAAUGGAAAUAUCAUAAUUGAUUCAGGUACAACACUCACUCUUUUGCCAAAUGAUGUUUACUCAAAGUUGGAAUCAGCAAUUGCAAAUGCAGUUAAGUUGCAGCGCGCUAAGGAUCCAAAUCAAGUUUUGAGCCUUUGCUACAAAGCUAAGUCUGAUAAACUUGAUGUACCAGUGAUCACAGCACACUUUACAGGUGCAGAUGUCUUUUUAUAUGCUCUCAACACCUUUACUCAAGUGGCUGAGGAGAUUGUAUGUUUGGCUUUCCUGCCAAGUCAAACUGGUGCUGUCUUUGGCAACUUGGCUCAGCAAAACAUUUUGGUUGGCUAUGACCUUCAGAAGAACACAGUGUCCUUUAAGCUCGCAGAUUGCACUCAGCAGUAA